AUGUACAUAGUGUGUGUAUGCAGACAGAGCGUGGGGAGACAGAUGUUGUCAUGGAAAUAUGUGGUGAAAUGAAAAGCAGCAGCACGUCAUGCUUUCUGACACCCUGACCAGCAGUUACUUUGCAUGCAGCUCACUCCACUGCCUUAGAAGAAAACACAAGACCAGAGAACUCUACAAGCUGAGGAGGAGGAAAAGUCAACAACCAGAGCUAGAGACAGUCCAAAGACUUUAUUUACAGGUUACAUUUGCUGUGACAGAACUGUCUGGAAAAGAAAGGACCAGAUAACCCCGUGCAUUUGCAUUUGUAAGUGAUUCCGGCUGAGACCAGCAUCACAGAAACCAAUGAGAGCCUUCCCGGUCCUUAUCAGGAGAGUCUGAGGGCAAAUGAAAUCAGCACCCUUCCUCUAAAGAAGAGAAUUACUUCAUGAUCCCUGCUCAGGGGGUGUCUACCUCGACAUCGUGAAGGAGAAACCAGGUGCACAUUUUCUGCAGCUCCUGUCUCUGAAUAUAGAAAUUUAUCCGUUGUGAAUACCUGGAGAUAUGAAUGAUGCCCGUGCCACGAGCAACAUCAGCACUACCGUGGAACUGUUCCAGCUCAUCAUGUACGCCCCCACAUUCAGCCUGGGAUUGUUGUUCAAUGUGAUGGCUCUGUCAUUCCUGUUUUUUAAGGUUAAAAAGCUGUCAGAAUCUACAGUCUACAUGAUAGCCCUUAUUUUCCUGGAUACUUUGCUGCUGUUUACUCUUCCUUUUAAAAUAAUUUCCUACCACCUUCAGAAUAACUGGAACUUGGGGUCUGUGUUUUGUUCCACCUUGGAGAGUCUUUACUUUGUGAACAUGUAUGGCAGCAUCCUCAUCUCCCUCUGCAUCUGCGUGGACCGGUACAUCACUAUCCGGCACCCUUUCACAGCUCCCACCCUGCGAUCCACCAAGAAAGCCGCUCUGGUCUGUGCUGUCAUCUGCCUGGGCACCUCGGCUGGGACAGUCUCUACUUUCCAGCUGCACGGAGAGGGCCACAACAUCUCCUCCUGCUUCCAUAACUUCUCCAAGAGCACAUGGGAAAACACAGGCCUGUUGGUUGCCUUGGAGAUUGCCUUCUUCAGCAGCAUGGCAGCUAUGACCUUCUGCACUGUUCAGACUGUUCGGUGUUUGAGAAAGCACAGAAAACCAUACAACCCCCAAACACACACCAGCAGAGCAGAGAAGAUAGUCUUGACAAACCUUGUGGCAUUUUUGGUCUGUUUCACGCCUUACCACGUGGCAUACUUGCUGUAUUUUUUGGUGAAGAAUAACAUAAUUCACACCAGUUUUCAGCAAGUGCUACGAGACACCAUUCAGGUCACCCUUUGCUGGGCAAACUUGAACUGCUGUCUUGAUGGGGUGUGUUAUUAUUUUGUUUUAAGAGAGUCCUUGGAAGUUCCAUUACAAAACAGUGAAAAAACAGCCACACGAAAGCCUUGAUCCAUGUGCUGCGUCUUAGUUACCUGGGAUGAUACGUGGAGAAGUUUUAUGGAAAGUACAGAGCCUCGAACUACUUAUCUAAGCAAUUUACUUUAAAUAUUCAGAUCUGAAUGUAUUUCAUAAAAAACAGAACUAAGUCCAUUCCCAGAAGACUGCUCCUUGCUUUUUUAAUUUCUUUCCAUAAUGUUUUGUGUUAGCAUUUAUGGGUAAAAAGAAAUGGAAUUAUUCUAUAAAUGGUGAUGUGUAUCUCUUUGGAUGUGAUUCCUUUAUACUUUGAAAAAAAAAAUUGUUCACUUAUAUGUGGUAGCAUCUUUCAGCCUCUGUAUCUAAACCACACCUGCAAAACUUUCUCAGGACUUCAGUCACUACAGACUUAGGCUGUAGUGACUUGGAGUUUAUAGUAAAAAGCUUCAGACUAAAUUCUGUUGCCUCCCCUGUCCUGAUCAUGUAUGUUUCUACCCAUAUACAUGCACACCUUUCAGGUUUAGAUUUGUACAUCCUAUUUAAAAGAAUAAAGUUAUUGUAACUUUAAA